GAGUGGUUCGAAGUCUGGCGAGAGCCCUCCACGACCGUCCCAGACGCCAUCCCACAGCCUGCAUGCCAUGGCCGAUCAGGAGUUGGACAUGGUUCCCCCUUUACGCUGUCCCGUAAACGACGCGAGCUUGCACGGCUCGACGGUGGUGGGGAUGUCCACAUGGAGCACUUUCUGGAGGCGGCGAGCAUCUACACCACAGUGCUGGGUCAGUUGGGUACUGCAUCGUCAACAGUCGCAGCGGACAUCGGCAAGAAUUUGCGAGGAGUCCAACAGUGCCUCAGCUCCGAGCCCGAAACGAGAGCGACUUUGAGAGGUUUCCUCGAUGCGGAGAAGGCCACGCGCCAGCAUCAAGCCGCUGAGCCGAGCCACUGCCAGCUCGCCGACCCCAGCGGUGCUAUGCAGUUGCAGUGGCUGCUGCGCGGCCUGGGUUUCUACGCUCGUUUCUUGCAGCUGCAGCUGGAAGAGUAUCCUGCGGCUGCUGCAGAGGCCUACAAUGAGACUCUCGCGCAGUACCACAGCACGCUCACAGCCUUCACAUUUCAGUUUCUCAUCACGGCGAUGCCUUCGAAG